GUUAGAUUUGAUAAGCUAAGGCCAUAGUUUUACUGCGAAUACAAUAUUGAAAGAGGCAACAUUGAACAAUAGUGAGCAGAUUCAUUACACCUUAUCACCUGUUUGUGAUGGUCUAACACGACAUGAACUAAAGAAAGAAUUGGAACAAUAAGGUUGGAAAGUCUACUUCUUGAACUAGAUUUAAAACAUUAUACACAGUGCUCUCAUGACGCUUUAAACUCGAGUCACUAUGAGCAACACAUACAUUAGUACUACAAACAAAAUUUCCAAAAGAAUUGUUCAGUCUAUUGGAAAGUUUUGGCAAGAUCACGAGAAUGAAGACUUUCAGGUCAACAUUGAAGAUGAAUGCAUCAAGUGCCACAGCUUUAUUCUUGCCUCUUGUUCUGAGUUUUUCAGAAGUUUACUCAGAUCCAAUAUGAAAGAGAAACUAGAAAUGAAAGUUGACUUACAGAAUAUUCCCAUGAACAUUUUUCAGCUGAUUCUCAAAACUCUAUACACCGGAUGUGAGCUGUUAACUAAAGACAAUGUCUUGGAAGUUUGGUCUGCAGUUCAUCAGCUUCAAAUUGAUUGUUUAAUUGAGCACUGUGAAGAUUUUGCGAUUGUAAACGUUUCCAUAGAAACGCUGGAGACUUACAAAAAGCAAGCUGAAUUUCUUCAGUGUGACAGAUUUGGUGAAGAAGUAUUCCCGUUUAUACUGGAGAACUUUAUGUCUAUAAGGAAAACAGAGACUUUUUAUCAUUUAGAUGUCCAAGAAAUGACUAAACUUAUCGAAAGCGACAAACUAGUUGUAGGUUCUGAAGAUGAUGUUUUAUAUUCAAUCUAUGACUGGGUCAGUUAUGGAGACUUGACAACUCCAAAUGUCCAGAAAAGUGAUGGACGUUCUAUGGCGACCACCGAUAUGACCUCUGCAAAAGAAUAUGUCGCUAAUGUCUCUGUUGUCAAUGACAAGGAUUCAAAUAAACGAGAACAAAAUGCAUCUGCCCUAGCUCAAGAAAAUUCAUCGGCCCUAAGUCAAGAAAAUUCAUCGGCCCUAAGUCAAGAAAAUUCAUCGGCCCUAAGUCAAGAAAAUUCAUCGGCCCUAAGUCAAGAAAAUUCAUCGGCCCUAAGUCAAGAAAAUUCAUCGGCCCUAAGUCAAGAAAAUUCAUCGGUCCUAAGUCAAGAAAAUUCAACGGCCCUAAGUCAAAGUCAAAAGUCAGAUGACAGAAGUCAAUAUUUGCUUCAACUUGUAAACUCUACGAGAUAUUAUCUGCUCUCUGAAGCUUGCAUCAGGAAACUUUUAUUGCAUACGUUAACUCUAAGCAACGCGCGUGCUAAAAACAUUUUAUACGAAGCAUUACUGUCUAAAAGUUCUAACAAUCCAAAUAGGUAUUGGCCGGCUGCCGCCACUCACCGUGAUACCAGUUUCUCUGAACACGUUGGUAUCAUGUUCAGCUCUGUCGCUCAGGCAUUUUCCUUUCAAAGACAAAUGUGGUUUCAAAUUUCGGAAUUGAAAAUUUUCAGUCGGAACUCCAAAUAUAUAGACCACAACGGUCAGCUCUACGGCUGCAUCAACUACAACAAUAAAAAGGCAGUGUUUCAUUUUUGCAAUGGAAUAUGGCUUGGCGUGUUCUUGUCGCCCACUGAAGCGAAUCUGUUGUUGUCACACGAGAAGUGUAUUUACUUUUUCACCAGUGGGAACAAAAUUGAAAGAUUUAAGCCUGACAUUCCAACGGCAAAACCUGACCAGUUUACUCACUAUAUAGAAGACGCACAAUACGCCAUGAGUUUCCACCAGAAGAUUCUCGUGUUCGGGUCAUGCAACAGCAACAGCGAAGCGUGCACACAGGUUAUAAGUUGGGAUCCGGAGCCAGAUGUCUGGACACAUGUAGUGGACCUUUAUUUCACCGCUGACAACAUGACCAGCUUCCAUGACGAACAACACACUUACUUACUUGACCAAAACGGACAUUUGUAUCGACUGGAGAAUUCUGAAACGAUUCAAUUAACAUUCAUCCAAAAGAUCUGGAGUUUUCGCGCCCUUCUGAAGGGCGCCGUGCUCUUUAAAAACACACUCUAUGUCUGCGGCUACUUCCCGAAGUCUGGGAAUUAUACGCCAGAGAUUAAGAAUGUGUACUCAUCAUUGACGUACAUCCAUAUGCCUCUUGGAGGGUCUCAUUUCAUCCCUUUUACAAUCUGUAAGACUUUCUUAAGCUAACUGCGCUUAGCUACUAAAUUCAGGCAGGAUAAAUCAAAAGAGGUCUGCCAUCGUUAGCACGCUGCAAAACUGAACAGAGCAUGGUCUACAUUUUUGGAUUAUGUCAUUUUAGACUGCAUUUCAUUUCUCAUCGAUCAAAUUUCAAUUCUUUCAUUUAGCAUGUGUUUUUA